GACUAGGUCAUUUUGUAUAAGCGCGAUGGUGGAGGUUUUAUGGAGUUAUGCCGCUUCUCUGCAUUAAAAUUAUUGAGGCGCGUCUUGAAAGUUCGGACUCGUCACUGAACACAUAUGUCAGCGUUAAGUUAAGGCAAGCUCAUUCUUUAACUCAAACAGUGAAAGGAACAACACCGAAAUGGAACGAAGAAUUUACAUUCGAAACAGAUCGUAUGGAUGGUGGCCUCCUGAUCGAAUUGCACUCCAAAGGUUUAUUAUGGGACAAACUACUUGGAGUUGUGUGGCUACCUUUAAACAAAAUACUGCAUUCCAAUAAGGAUGGUCCUGGUAUGUGGAUGAAUUUAGAUGCUGAAGUGAUCACUGAGAAUGGUCAAGUUGUCGGAACGAAAACACCAACAAAACACUCAUGUUUAGCAACUGUUCGAUUUGAGAUACCCGACGAUCCACAAUUUGAGAAAUUUUAUGGUAAACGGAAGCUACCCAAUCUAAUACCAAAUGGUAGCAUACAAGAUUCAAAUGUUCGAAUGAAACAAGCAAAUCUCCUUCCUAAUCAUUUCGAUGAAUUCAACACAAAACGGUGUAUAAAUCCAACAAGGGAUAAAUUUUCUACACAUUACUAUUAUCCACUAAGUGAUUGUGAAAGUAGACAACAAGCUAAUGUACCAUAUAACGAUUAUAUGCAACAAUCUUCACGAUAUUCUCGAUCAACUAAUUACCUAAUCCCUUAUCAUAACAAAUUCCCAUCAAAUCAUCCAAAUUAUACAGCAGAUCCAUUCAUGAGGCAGAAACAAUUUACGACUGAUGAUUCAGAUGCUCAGUCAUCUGAAACUUUAAAGAAGUACCCUGAUUACCCUUCUACUAGACAAUACGGCUUACAACAAGAACAGCUACCAUCGUUUAAUGAUAGUGAAUUUGAUUCUGGUUCAGAGCCAUUGUAUUAUAAUAGUCGACCGUAUAUUCCACCUGAGAGAGGUCGGCCUUCUACACAUCGUCAGUAUACUGGUGAUUAUGAAUGGAAUGAUGAACAGAUUUGUUAUGAUGUAAAUCAAAUCAGUGACAAGGAUGAUGUAUACUGGCGCCAGCAAUACUCAGAAGAUAAUCAAUUCACAUCGGAAGCUGAAUAUUCGGAUCAAAGUCAAAGGCAACAAAUUUGUGAAUAUACACAUCGUUCAGGACCACCAAAUGGACAUCAUGUUGACUGGGUUGAUGAUUUAUCACCAUCUGAAUACAGUCAACCUGAAGAAGAUUUAAUGCGUAAUAGCAAUUAUGAAAAUAUUCAGCUUCAACAAUCUUAUUCACCCAGCAAUGGUGGCUAUUUGCCUCAGUAUCGUUAUUCUGGUCGUUCAGAUGAUGAAGAGUAUUUGUAUCCUCCACCGUUGCCUGAUGAACAAAUUCCUAUUUAUUCUGAUUUUGGACCUUAUUCUGAUAUAGAUGAGCCAGACUGGGAUCCCGAAUAUAUUAGCCAUCGUCAAAGAGGAGAGUUUGUUCCAUGGAUAGAUGAACAACAGCAUAGGUAUGGUCAACGUCGUCGAAGAACUCGUUUCUCCCCACAAACCAGUCGAUAUUCUAGACGAGGUUAUUCACGUUCUCCAUAUUCUCAACCAAUAUAUGGAGUUUCACCCUCGGAAGUUUAUUAUGAUAAUAACAAAUAUCAUGCAGAAUUUGACACUAGACUUCACAAUGACGUUAGUGAUAUGCCUUCAAAUUAUGGUUGUUCCUGUGAAUCAGAUUAUGAAGUUGACACAAAGAUUAUUUGCUUUGAUCAAACACAAAGUUACACUCCGAUAGGUAUAAAUUAUCAACUAGAAGCUUCGAGUCCUAGUGUGUGUAAACCUUCAUUAGCCUUAAGCCGAUCAAGCUCGCCAACUCGUACGUACAGUCCGAAUGUGUGUCUUAAAGUUAUUAGUCCUGAAUUAGUUAAAAAUGAUUUUCGUGCAUCUGCGGAAGCUGCUGUCGCUCAACAUUUGCCUCCCGGUGAACAUCCCGCUGAUUUACACUUUGUAAAUGUCACUCCAAUCCCAGUGACAUCUUCAGUAGUAUCGACAACCAUUUCAUCCGAACAAAUUAAUGUUUCUAUGAAACAGGGUAUUGAUAGUUCAUGGGAUCGUUUAAAAAGCGAUACUACCACCAAAUAUCAAUCGAAUGCACCAUUGCCAACAGACAAUAUCACAUCUCCUUCAAAAUAUUGGUUGAAUAUGGCUCAAGACAGUUCAUUGCAGUCUACUGAAAAAAGCAAAGUAAUCUAUAGCAAUGAACCUCAUGCUGUGCCUACAUUAUCAGUUAAACCUAAAACGGAUUCUGUCACUGUAAAAUAUGAUACUUUCAAGACGGAAGGAAUGACUCAAAAACAAGAAAUUACAAUAAAGCCAAUAACUACUACGACCACCAACCAAUCAUCUGUCAGUUACACAACCACUGCAAGUGUAAAUUUACAAGGUCUAUGGGAUCAGAAGUCAGCUUUCAAACCAGUAAUACGUUCUUUAGAAGCUGCUAAAGAUCGAUUUUUCUCAAGUAAUUCACUGUUUCCAACAUUCUCACAAGCAAAACAGUUUCCUGUAGUAACACAGUCAGGGAUCCAGUCGACAACAUCAGCUAAUAUCUCUGAGAGAAAUGCUGUACCCACUACAAGUCAAAUAAAAAUGUUUCCAAGUAGUGUGAACAAAGAUGUUGCCAAUAUCCCUAUAUCCAGUGAUGAGUUUUCAGCUUUAGUACCUCCACCAGCAAAAUCAUCUUCAAAAUUAUCAACUUCUGAGUUCGAUUUAUCAAGCUUAAAGUAUGACGGUUUUAAAACUGCUAACACCUCUUUUGAACCAAACAAUAAAUUCUUACCAAUUAAAGAUUUUCAUGAUAGGUUACCAUCUACUACAGUGAUUACACCGAGUCCGUCAACCACCAGUGAUAAUAUUUCUAUGACUGCCACCACGCAAAAGACAACUACCUUCACAACUUCUGCUGGGUACACUCGAGGUUCUGAAAUAGUGGAUAAGACAAGCUUGGGAGACCAUUACACAUCACCACAAUAUUAUGUAUCAAAUUAUGCACCAACCUCGAAAUAUACACCAUCUGAAUCAAAUUAUGGUGAUGAUUCUAAAUCGAGUGUACAAAAGUCAUCGCUUUAUCCUGAAAUCUCACGCCCACCAUCUCCCAAGGUAUUCAAGGAAUCUGCUGUUGACAUUCCACUAAACUAUGAGAAACAAUCUUCAUUUAGCGCUGAAGAACACCUUAAAGCAUUAAGAAUAAGAGCAGGUCUAGGUCCUAUACCAGGAUAUGAAUCUGGAUCAUUGAGGAAUGCAUCUUCAAUGACACCAUUAUCAACAUACAGCUCAAGCUAUUCACCUACUCUCCCUUCGUAUAGUGUUUCCUCUUCGAAGCCGGGUCGAUAUGACUCAGAAACUGAUCUUCCAAAACCUACCUAUUCCAUUAACAUAAAUUCUUUUGUUCCAAAAAUGCAAAGCUCCAGUACUUCAACACCGUCUAUACCAUCUUUCAUCUCUAAUUUCAAAUCAGGUCUAGUUGGACCAAUAAGUAAAAUUCAGCCACAUUCAGGACCGUCGUCCUCAUCGAACCAGUCGUCAGCAUCAGCAGCAGGAAACAGACCUUCCGCAUCAAGCAUGUUUUCUAACUUCCUAACGUCGGCAGCUUCAAAAGCCCAAACAGUAGCCACAGGUGCUUUGAAACAAGCAAAUGCUGCAGCUGAUGCUGCAAAAGUCGCUGCCAAUCAGGCGGCUGAACAAUUUGUAGCCCAAGCUAAUCAAGUCCAUCAGAGGACUGCUAGUCAAAUGCAACAUCAACAACAAUCACAACCGAAACCUCCUGUUCAACAAUCGAAUAUACAAACUAAAGACAUCACUAUGAAUAACAUUCCCUCAUCUGCUAAACUGCCUAGUGACACUGUGACAGCGGUUAAUCAGUCAACCAUAUCACUAGAGCAAAAAGAUACAUUAGCAGAAAGUUUGAAGAAAACUCAAACAACUGAUCAUACAGUAACUAAAAACUAUCAGCCAGAAGAAGGUCAGCAUCAACACCAAGAACAACCACGACGCUGGUUACAUGAACAAACUAUGGAUGCUACUACAGAUGAUGACUACGAUGAUGCAGAGUUUGUUUAUGAACAGAAUCCUUAUGAAUCGGAUGAUCAGAGACAAAUUUCUGAUGAUUGGGGUGAUAAUUAUUUAUCACCUACAAAAGAAUAUGAUGACCAGGCAGAUGUUGUUAGGCAAGAAUUAUACGACGACGACGACAGAUAUCGAAACAUUCAGCUGAAAACUCAGUCAAGUUUUGAUAAUACAGCUUCAAGGAAUAAAAAUCAGUAUGCUUCAGAUGGUGAUGAUGCAUACAAUGAGGAUAUUAAUUCACAGGCCUAUUUAUCAGACUUAUCCGAUCCAGACGCUGUGCGUGCACUACGUAGUCGUGAUAAAAUGAUGAUGGUUGCAGCGACUGGGAUUUACUCGCCUUUACCUAAUGGACCAAAUCAACCAGGUUUCUUUGAUGAUAUGAAUGAUCUGGGCGAUCAAGAUGAUUUCGAUACCGAAAAACGGUUGAAGAGUGAACGCAGACAACUUAGUCAAACGCGUGGUACGUUCGAUUUUGAAAAUUAUGAAUACGAUGACCAAAAGGCUAGAUCGCCCAGGAUCAGUAAAACCCACCCCAUUCAGGAUGACGCAUAUACUGGUAUUAAUGACAAUGAUGCACUUAGUAGAGAUCAAUAUCGAAAUGACUUAAAUCAUAUCCUACGACGAAGUUCCGAUGGAAAAAUACUUCAAACAAUACAUUCCUCUUCAAUAACUUCUGAUGAUGGCUUAGUUGACAAGCAACCUAUACACAAGCGUCGAAUGUCGCUUGGAGCAACACGUCGGACAUCAAGUGAUUGGUACAGGUUUACACCGAACUUACAAACAUUAGAUAUUCAAGAAGUUGAUGACAAUGAAGAAAGAUGGCCAGAUGAAAAAGAACGUGUAGAAAAUAACUUAGACUAUUCACAUCAUCAGUCUGAAACUUCAAUUUAUAAAGAAAAAAUAGACAAAAAGACAGAAAUUUAUGAAGUUGAUAAUCAGGUGGUGGUAACAUCUACUGCUCAGAUGACUGCUCGUCAAAGAUGGCAUACAGCAUUUGAACGUGUUUGCAGUCGUCUACAUUCGGAAGGAGGUUUCCUUUCCGCAAAUCUACCUCUCUCGGAUGAUCGACACACGACAUUUUAUACAAGCAUUGACAGUAUGCCAGAUAUUCGUUUGAAGAAGAAACCGAAGUCUUUGGUCAGCGAUUUAGUCAUUCAGACUAUGGCAGUACAAAAACGUAAUAUGGGCACGGCUAGUGCAAAUUUGAUUACUCGACAGUCUAUCAAUGAUGAAGAAAUGAAACAACAUGUUUAUAAGAAAACCUUACAAGCCCUACUCUAUCCAAUAUCAAGUAAUACACCACAUAACUUUCAAGUAUGGACUGCUACUAGUCCUACUUAUUGUUAUGAAUGUGAAGGCCUUCUAUGGGGUUUAGCUAGACAAGGUCUACGUUGUACAGAAUGCGGUGUAAAAUGUCAUGAUAAAUGCCGGGAAUUAUUAAAUUCAGAUUGUUUACAACGUGCUGCUGAAAAGUCUGCUAAACAAGGCGCUGCAGAUAAAGCUCAAACUAUUAUGCAAGCAAUCAAAGCAUUAAUGUCACAAAGAAUUAAUGAAAUGCCUGAAUUAUUCGAUUUACUUGGUUUAGUAUUUAAAGUGGAUAGUAAAACUCACGAACGGAAUCUUCUUCAAGCUGAACAAAGUAUACUUGAUGGUACUAGUAAAUGGUCAGCAAAGAUUGCAAUAACAAUUAAAUGUGCUCAAGGUUUAAUAGGUAAAGAUAAAACCGGUACAAGUGAUCCUUAUGUAACUGUGCAAGUGGGGAAAGUUAAAAAGCGUACAAAAACAGUUCCUCAAGAAUUAAAUCCAGUUUGGAAUGAGAAAUUUUAUUUCGAGUGUCAUAAUGCUUCCGAUCGGAUUAAAAUUCGAGUGUGGGAUGAAGAUUAUGAUCUCAAGUCAAAAAUACGCCAAAAGUUAACUCGUGAAUCUGAUGAUUUUCUUGGUCAAACUAUUGUGGAAGUUCGUACAUUGAGUGGAGAAAUGGAUGUAUGGUAUAAUUUAGAAAAACGUACGGAUAAAAGUGCUGUCUCUGGGGCAAUUCGUUUGUUCAUCUCCGUGGAAAUAAAAGGCGAAGAGAAAGUUGCACCUUAUCAUGUCCAGUAUACAUGUCUACAUGAAAAUAUAUUUCAUUAUUUAUGUGAAACAAAUAAAAGUGAAGGUAGACCGGAAGUGAAAUUGCCUGAAGCUUCUGGAGACGAUGCUUGGAAGGUGUAUUUUGAUGCACCUGCACAGGAUAUUGUUAAUGAAUUCGCUAUACGUUAUGGUAUUGAAUCAAUUUACCAAGCUAUGACACAUUUCUCAUGCCUUACAACAAAGUAUAUGUGUACCGGUGUACCAGCUACUAUGUCUAAUCUACUAGCUAAUAUCAAUGCAUUCUACGCGCAUACAUCAGCCUCGAGUAAUCAAACAGCCUCAGAACGUUUCAGUGCUAGUAAUUUUGGUAAAGAGAAAUUUGUUAAACUGUUGGAUCAACUGCACAACUCUCUACGUAUCAGCUUGUCAAUGUAUCGUAAUUCAUUUCCUGCUUCACAACCUGACAAAUUACAAGAUUUGAAAUCAACUGUCGACUUGCUAACAAGUAUAACAUUCUUCAGAAUGAAAGUACAAGAGUUAACUAGUCCACCAAGAGCUAGUCAAGUGGUGAAAGAAUGUGCUCGUGCUUGUAUGCAGUCAACUUAUCAAUUUAUUUAUGAAAAUGUCAAUGAAGUGUACGCGAAACAAUUUCAGGAGUCAGUUUCACAGGAUGAUGGCCCACCAUCACUAAAAUCUCUGGAAUUUUGGCAUCGUUUAAUCACAUUAUUAGUCUCAGUAAUUGACGAAGACAAGACAACAUAUGCUACUGUGAUUAACCAAUUUCCCCAAGAAGUUAAUAUGGGCCACAUAAGUGCGCUGUGUAUGUGGGAGCGUUUAUCUGAGGAUAUACAAAUUGCUCUAGAUGUUCAUUCACGUGCUGAAACACGUUAUUGUAAAUCAUCAGACUAUAUGAAUCUAUGCUUUAAAUUGAAAUGGUUCUAUAAUAAACAUGUGGCUAUAAUUCCAUCACAAAAGGAUGUUGUACCUGAGUAUCCACGUUGGUUUGAAGUAUUUGUUAUGCAAUGGUUAAAUGAAAAUGAUGAAGUAUCAAUGGACUAUUUACGCAAUGCUUAUGAACGUGAUAAGAAGGAUGGAUUUCAACGAUCUAGUGAACAUGCAUUAUUUUCGAAUUCAGUUGUGGAUGUAUUUACUCAGCUCAACCAGUGUUUUGAUGUCAUUAAAAAACUUGAAUGUCCUGAUCCAAAUGUACAAGAACGAUUUUUAAAUCGUUUCUCUCGGACCGUCAGUAAAGUCCUACUGACUUAUGCAGAAAUUGUAAAAGCUGAUUUUAAACGUUGGAUACAUCAACAAGAAACUGCAUGUAUUAUCAUGAAUAAUAUACAACAAUUACGUGUACAAUUAGAAAAAGUAUUCGAAGCAAUGGGUGGAAGUACACUGUCUGAGGAUACACUGACUUCAAUGAAUGACUUGCAACAAAUGCUACAUGCUGUUAUCGAUGAUUUAGCCUCACAAUAUGCUGAAGCUUUACAAGUACAAAUUAUUCAAAAAAUUAAAGAAUUAAGUAAACUAUUACAUCAGUGUCAACCAAAUUCAAAGGGGAAUGUAGAAAUUGAGGCGGAACACAUACUUCAUCCUCUUAUGGAUUAUUAUGAAUCAACACUAUCAACUUUAGCAGACCUGUGUGAGAAGACUGUACUGAAACGAUUGUUGAAGGAACUAUGGAAAGUUACAAUGCAUAAUUUAGAAAAACAAGUUGUAUUGCCUACAGUAGCUGAUCCAAGAGCUAUGUUUCUUAACUUAUCAAUUCCUUCAACCGCACAAGCUAAACUAACAAGUGUAUCGCAGAGUUUACUGACAAAUGUAAGCAGCCAAUUGCCAGCUAGCCGAUUGCUUCAAGAUAUGUCUAAAGACGCUGGAAUAUCAGAGCGUAAUUUAACACCACGUCAUUGUCAAAUAUUGGAUAUAGCAUUGGAUGCAAUUAAAAAUUAUUUCCAUGCUGGUGGUAGUGGACUUAAAAAAGUCUAUUUGGAUAAAUCACCUGAACUUCAGUCAUUACGUUAUGCAUUAUCAUUAUAUACACAGACUACAGAUGCGCUGAUUAAAAAUUUUGUAGCUACUCAAACAUCACAAGACAAACCAGCAAUUGAAGACAGUGUUGGGGAGAUAUCAAUUCACGUGGAUCUGUUUCGUCAUCCUUCCCAUGGAGAGCAUAAGGUCACUGUCACAGUUAUCGCUGCGAACAAUUUGAAAUGGACAACAACAGGAACAUUUAAGCCUUUCAUUGAAGUGGUUUUAUUUGGUCCAUUGUUAAGUGAAAAGAAGCACAAAUUUGCAACUAAAUCAAAGAACAAUGUCUGGUCACCUGUGUUCAACGAAACAUUUACAUUUUUUCUCAGUGCUGGUUCAGAUCCUGAAUCGUAUGAGCUACAUAUGUGUGCUAAAGAUUAUUGUUUUGGUCGAGCAGACCGAUUGAUUGGAUUAACUGUUCUACAACUUCGCGACUUAUCAACAUCAACCGAUUUAAAUGCUUCGCCUACAAUACAUGUAAAAGGUGGUGCUGGUCGAAGCACUGGAGGUGGUCAAAGUGGUGCAUGUGCAUGUAUUUGUAGUCUGGGCAAACGACUACAUCUUGAUGAUACUGGAUGGACUAUACUGCGUAUCCUAUCACAAAGGCCACAAGAUGAAAUAGCUCGUGAAUUUGUACGCUUAAAAUCAGAAGUUCGUAGUCCUUGUGAUACAAUCGGUAGUACUACUGGUUCUGUUAUGAGUAAUCCAGCGUCAAAUGGAUCUAUCCCACGAAGUCGAUAAACACAUAUAUUGCAUCAAAGAAAUAUAGUAUUGAUUGCCUUGUAACACAGACACACACGUCUUUUAUGCGGGAUACAAGUAACAGGGACCAUAAAAGGUGUCAGUUAUCUAAUAUAUAUAUAUAUAUAUAUAU